AUGCCUCCAAAGUUUGAUCCAAGUGAAGUUAAGUUCCUUUACUUAAGAGCCGUCGGUGGUGAAGUUGGUGCUUCAUCUGCCUUAGCUCCAAAGAUUGGUCCAUUAGGUUUAUCCCCAAAGAAGGUUGGUGAAGAUAUCGCUAAAGCUACCAAAGAUUUCAAAGGUAUUAAAGUUACUGUUCAAUUAAGAAUUCAAAACAGACAAGCCACUGCUUCUGUUGUCCCAUCUGCUUCAUCUUUAGUCAUCACUGCCUUAAAGGAACCACCUAGAGAUAGAAAGAAGGAAAAGAAUGUCAAGCACUCUGGUAACAUUCCAUUAGAAGAAAUUUUCGAAAUUGCUAGACAAAUGAAAGACAAAUCUUUCGGUAAGAACUUAGCUUCUGUCACCAAAGAAAUCUUAGGUACUGCUCAAUCUGUUGGUUGUAGAGUUAACUACAAGAACCCUCAUGAUAUCAUUGAAGCCAUUAACGCUGGUGAAAUUGAUGUUCCAGAAAACUAA